AUGGACACGACCCAUGCACUCCGGCCUCCCUCCGGCCUCCUCCACCCCCUCUCGUUGUUGUCGUUCGUUCCCCUCUUCUUCGGCUCACUUUAUCAUGCGGGUGGUCAAAAUCUGACAAGAAGCACGAUUGAUACAUUUUUUUUUUUUCAUUUGUACUCCUUUUGA